AUGAAUCAAUCUGCAGGUUUAAAUAACAGCCAGUUUUGUUUCAGAUCAAUAAAAAACUCCUGUCUCAGACAAACCUACUCUGUAAGCAUACAUAUUGUUAUAUAUUUAGCAUUAUGCGCAGUAAUUCUGUUCACAGUGUCUGGGAACCUUUUGGUUAUCAUUGCUAUCGCUCAUUUCAAGCAGCUUCAUACACCAACAAACUUUCUGACGCUUUCUUUAGCAGUUGCUGACUUACUUCUUGGUGGACUGGUAAUGCCUCUCUGUGUGAUCAGAACUGUUGAAAAAUGUUGGUAUUUUGGGGAUCUCUUCUGUAUAUUUCAUAGCAGUAUAGACCUCUUGCUUUGUGUAACUUCUAUUUUGCAUCUUUUCUUCAUUUCAAUUGAUCGCUAUUAUGCAAUUUGCCAUCCUUUCGAAUAUAAAUCUAAAUUUACACUCACCCUUAUGAAAAAAAUGAUUUUCAUUUGCUGGUCUCUAGCAGCUGCUUACGGAUUUGCAAUAAUUUUUACUCAAUUCAAUGUAAAGCCUAAAGAGAGUAUACUUGGUGGAAAUAAUUAUUGUGUAGGAAGUUGCAAUAAUCUUCUGAAUGAAGUUUCAAGUACAAUUUCUGCAAUAAUUUCCUUUUAUAUUCCUGGAUCUAUUAUGAUUGGAAUCUAUGUGAAGAUUUACAUGGUAGCAUCAAAGCAGGCCAAAUCUUCACGACAAACAAGUGAACACAGAAAUGAAGACUCAAGGAAGAUAGAAACAAAGGCAGCAAAAACACUGGCAAUCAUUGUUGGAGUUUUUCUUUUUUGCUGGUCACCAACUUUUUUCUGCAUUAUUAUUAACCCUGCUAUUAAUUUUUCAAUCCCUUCCUUACUCUUUGAAUUUGUUUUCUGGUUUUCCUACACAAAUUCAACCUUUAAUCCUUUCAUUUAUGCAUUUUUUUAUAAAUGGUUUAGAAAAGCAGUGAAAUUAAUUAUAUUAGGUAAAAUAUAUAAAAGCAAUUCUUGCUCAGUGCAACUUUAUUCAGAGUAA